GCACUGGCUUGAGACCCGAGUUCCACGUCUCUCUUCGUGCUAAAAUGAAGUCUGGCACUGCAGAAGUCCUGCUUCUCCUGUUGGCUGCAUUCCCGCUCCUGGCGGCAAACGAUCCUACAGAUAAAGACAGCCCCUUCUAUUAUGACUGGCAUUCGCUUCGUGUUGGCGGUUUGGUCUUUGCUGGAAUCCUCUGUUUUCUGGGAAUUGUUAUCCUGUUGAGUGGAAAGUGCAAGUGCAAACCGAAGAAGAGAAGCAGUGUCCAGGUUGGUAAUGCACCAAAGCAACCCCUUACAGGAGGAACCAGUGAGUGCUGAGUCGAGAAAAGGUCUGUGCUUGCUAACAUCAGCCCCGUCUUGCGUCUGUGAAAUGGCUCCUCUCCACUGUCGGCAACAGACUGGUCUUUUUACUUUCAUGUUAUUUUAGAUCCUUCCAUGUGUCCUGGUUGGUUUAUUUUUUUUAAAUAUAAUAAAAUGUC